UUGGAUAAACAGUACUGAGGAUUAAAAGAAUAUGGCUUCAUUAAUUAUGCAGUUUGUUAAUUGAAUUCGGUCUUGCAUCUACAGAAAACUGAUCAAUACUGAAGAUGGAUAUUGAUUAGAUUAGACCGGCGAGAACGGAGAUCUUCAUGUUUGCUUCAGGGGAGGUUACUCCGAAAUCCCAGCAAGAUGAAUGAUGCUGUACUGGUUUCUGAACCAGAUCAGGAUAACAUCGAUGUCUCCAGAACCCGACCGUGGCGUCAUUCUCAAAACACGAGCAGAGGAGAGUAUAACGCGGGGGAGUUUGGAAAGACGGCGUCGAAGGGUUUUGAACCUGGGUCUCUGUACGAUCGACCAGCGAGAUUUAAGGAAUACCAGAACGAUGAUGGGGUGCAGUCGAGCGUCUUCCAGCUUCAAGACUCAACAGACAACACCGGUGCCUCAGUGCGUCAUCAGCAGAGCCUCGUUCUGACAGGGAACCAAUCCGAAACCGGAAACUUUGGCACGAAAGGUCAAGGUAGGUUCGAGAGUACGGAUAGUUCAAGCCUACCUAAUAUAGGUUACUACGAUGUUAACGACGAAAACGGAAGGUAUCAGCAUUACGACAUCGUCCCGUUCAACACCGACGAGAACUCAAACAGAACUCAUUACGACGCCGAGUUCUUCCCUGAGCCCGUCGGUUCCACUGAUAUCGGGUUUAACGACACGAUCCCGAACUUACCCGGAUUCGAUCCCGCUUCUUUCACACCCUGGGGGUCGAAUUUAACCCACAAUGUUCAAUACCUAAACAACAGCAUCAACCCGUACGGGGUUAACCCAUUUCUGAAUUUGACCACCCUCGUGUUUGACCAACACAAAUUCACCCCCGAGCAAAAUUUUGGAUUUACUAGCAACGUGACCACGGCUGUGUACGGGACGGACGCAAACAGUUCUCUUGUGGAUAUUCCCGUUUCGGAAGAUUUCUACACCUGGAGUAUUCUCAUCAUGGCGCCUCUAGUCAUCUUCGGGGUUGGAGGGAAUACGCUGGUGAUUUUGGCGAUCUCUUUAGAGAAACGUCUACAGAACGUCACGAAUUAUUUCCUUCUUUCACUGGCUGUUACGGAUCUUCUUGUUUCAUUAAUCGUCAUGCCUUUAUCAAUUAUCAACGUUUUUACGGGUCGUUGGCUGUUCGGUUUACUCCUCUGUGAUCUAUUCGUGACGUCAGACGUGCUGAUGUGUACCUCCAGCAUCUACCAUCUCUGCACCAUCUCGCUGGAACGAUACAUCGGGAUUCGAUACCCGCUGUGGACGAAAAACAAAUCCAAACGGAUAGUGCUAUUGAAAAUUGUGCUGGUGUGGACGAUAUCGCUAGCGAUAACGAGUCCGAUUACGGUACUCGGGGUGGUGAAGGAGGAUAAUGUUUUAGUCCGCGGGGAAUGUGUGUUGAAUAAUGAGAAUUUUAUAAUAUACGGAUCUAUAUUUUCAUUUUUCAUUCCACUGGCUAUUAUGGUGUUAAUGUACGGGUUGACAGUGAGGAUGUUGAAUAACCAGGCGCGGUUGUGUCAAAGCCGAGGGCCGGACGACGGUGAAGGUCAACCGAUGAUCCGAAGGUCAACUUCAAGGAGAAAUUGGCACACUCGGAGACAGUACUACGGGCGGGAACCGUUGAAUGUAUCGUCGCCGUAUUCGGGAUCGAGGCAUAUUGAGUACGAUGCGAGUAGUGGGGUAUCGUGUCAAAGGCAUCGGACGUUAGGUGCGAAUCGGCAUAGCGCGAUUCCGCUGUGUCACCAUCAUAGUCAUCUGCAUCAUCAUAAUAACGACAACAGCGUUAGGCACGAUGGUGGAGGUGGUGGAUCGAGUGGAGUUUCGGGUUCCGGUGGAGGCGGUGGGUGUAAUAACAAUAUGGUGGGGAAUAAUAACAAUAUAAAUAACCUACACAGGGGGCGUGGUAAUAACAACUCUACGGGGAAUAACAAUAACAACAGCAACAACACCGAGAACAGCAACGGGAUGUCCAACAGCAAUAACCAUAGACGGAACCGCCACGGGAUACAAAACGGGAGAUCUGGGUCUAUUUACAUGGGGCGCAACUCCCCGCCGGAUUACCAGUACUGUAACGGUAUCCAGGAAGAGUUAUCCUCUGACGUCACAUCCGAUUCUCGAAACUGCUGCUCGUCUAUCCUCUCGUCUUCAUCGUCUUCUUCAUCGCCGUCGUCUUCAACGCGAGAACCAAAACGGUUACGGGAGCUGGUUCGAAAACAUCACGUCGCAGUCAAGGCUGCGAACAUUCUUUUAAUGAAGCGCGAGGGACAGCCUCAAACCCAGACGCAUAUCACCACCCCCUCUUCGUCAAACUACGCCAGUGUUCGGCGCGACAACUCUGUAAGAACCGAACAAAAAGCGUCCAAAGUCCUGGGUGUUGUCUUCAUGAUUUUCGUCGUAUGCUGGGCGCCUUUCUUCACCGUCAACAUCCUCACCGCUUUAUGCACAUCGUGCAGGUUCGAAUCCACUCUCAUCACCGCUUUCGUCUGGCUGGGGUACGUCUCCUCCACCCUCAACCCUAUCAUCUACACCAUCUUCAACAACAUCUUCAGAAUCACCUUCAUCAAACUCCUGUGCUGCAGGUACCGUCUGCUCCACAGGGCUCGCAGAAACAGCAACAUGCCUGGGCUGAGGAAUGGACUGCUGAACUGCAGCACCUUUGGUCCGGCGACAUUGACCAUCAACCAUCAGUCCAACACAACAAACACCACCAUCAUUGAUGAGUCUAACUGUUAGGAA